CCAAACAAGCGAAAUACUUCCGAGGGCAAAAACAUGGCGGCUCAAACCGGGUUGUCAGCACCGGGUCUUGGCCGUGCUUUCCCCCCGAUGUCUCUGACUGAGGCCGGCCCGUUCACUCCCAUGGGGGCGGACGGUUGGCAGAUCGGCUCGCCGUCCGACGCCGAGAAACAGUUUUCCCGCUGCGCCACAAAGCUCCGAGCUCUGCGAGCAGAGUCCGGACAACUCAGAGAGGAGCUCAACCUGCUGUUUGACCAGCUGCUGUCCGAAAACUACAACAAAACUUUCUACCCCAAUAUCAACAUCCGACCAGAGGACGUGUGUACUCUGCUGAAACAUGCCAGCUGUCUUGUGCCGCUGAGUCAAGAACAUUUAGUCAUCAAACUCUGCCAGCUAAUACACCAUCUUCUCAAUCAGCUAAAGGUAAUAAUGGACGAGCUGACAUUGGAUGUAUUGGUGAACUAUACCGCCAGUGCAUUGAAAAUGUGCAGUACAUGGACACACUCGGAUGUCCUCUUGGCACUCUCCACAGUAGUGUAUGGGAAUGGACCUCAGUGCCACCAGCACCUCAGUGACUUACUGGGUGAAAAUGGAGUGCUUUUGCUGUAUAGUGCUCCAUCUCAGCCAAAUAUGGAAUUACGGCGCGUUGCGCUCACCUGUAUGGCCAACAUCUGUCUCAGGAUUCCUGGUCAGCCACCUCUGGAUGAUCAAUACAGAAGUGUAUGUUUCAGAGUCUUCCUGCAAACACUGCAGUCACCCAAACCUCCCAACACAGAUGAGCUCUUCUACUGCAUGGUGAUCCAGGCAGCUCUGAAGGGACUUCAGUGUUGUCUCUCAGGUGGGAAGUGGAAAUUUGGCGGCGGGGAGGAGCUUGGAUCUGUACUUGCCACAAUGAAGAGGCUCAUGUUCCAGGGAGCUCCAGGUGUGAGCGUCGAGUGGCCGGCUGCGCUUUACCCAGCACCUCUUCCCCAGUAUGAGGGUCUCUCUGCACCAAAACCUUCUGACCCACCAAAGGAUGCAGCUGUGCAAGGCAAAGCCUCAGGGGUAAGACAAGCCAUCAUUUUUGUUGGACUCACUUAUUGUAAGAACCACAUUCAAAUCUGUUUAAUCUCUCCUAAGAAUAAAAAGAGGAAAUCCAGAGGAAAGGGGAAGAAGACGAGCGCUGAGGAGAGCAGAGGGGAUGAUGGAGAGGAGGAUGAUAGAGAGGCUGUGUCUGCACUUCAGAAAAGAGGGGGAAGAGAGGGAGGCAGAGGGGAGGGAGAGUCCUUCUCUAAACCCUCUGCCACAUCUCUCUACCCGUCCUGGAAGCGAAACAGUUCUGACUCCGAGUUUUCUGACUCGGAGGGCAAUGCACAGAGCAAAUUAAGACUUUACCAUGGUCGUGUGCGACAGGGAGCUCUGCACUGUUUACUAGCAGUGGUGAAAGGUGUUGAAAAGCGGACCCUGUACGGGUACUGGUCUUCAUUCAUCCCUGAAUCUCCUGUCGGGGGACCACCACCUCUCACCCUGAUCACAAUUAUACUGAAGGACCCAUUGCCAAAGGUACGUGCGUGUGCGCUUCAGGUAUUGUCGGCCAUGCUGGAUGGCUCGCGUCAGUUCCUGGCUGUGGCUGAAGAUACGGCGUCUCCUCGUACAUCUUACACCCCUUUCUCCUUCUCACUGGCUACUGCUGUCAGAGAACUGCACCGUGCUCUCAGUCUGGCUCUGCUGGCUGAGACCGCCCCUCAGACGCUCACACAGGUCAUAAAGUGUCUGGCCUAUCUGGUGGCCAACGCUCCCUACCAUCGUCUCAGACCUGGUCUGCUCAGCCCGCUCUGGAAGCAGAUGCGUCCUUAUGUGCGCCACAGAGAUGUGAAUGUGCGUGUGUCGGUCCUGACACUUUACGGGGCUCUGGUGACGACUCAGGCUCCUCUCCCUGAGGUGCAGCUCCUCCUCCGACAGCCGGACAGCGGCAGCGGCUCCUUCACGCCUCAAGACUCGGCUCUCAGCUGGAGACAAAGAGACGGAGUGUCCUCUCCCUGUCGCACACCAGUCACACCCUCCCAGCGCAGCUCGCACACACACUCCCCCUACGUUCCUCGCACACCGGCGGAGGAGGACAGCUCACCGCCGUGGCUGCUGCAGCUGUGUGUGUCGCUGGUCACUCAGCCCAGAGAGGACCAGUCUGACAGCGAGGGAGCGGGAACAGGAGGAGGUGCUGUGUUGGAGCCCUCCCCUGUCCGACUAGAAGCUCUACAGGUCCUGUCCCACCUGGUACGUGGCUACUUCUCUCUAGCCCAAGCAUGUCUGUGUGAGAUCGGGCAGGUGAGCGCACGCUGCCUCGGGGAGACAGACCCCUCCAUACAACUGCACGGAGCAAAGUUACUAGAGGAGCUGGGGACAGGAAUCAUCCAGCAGUACAGAGCAGAGAACAAUGUGCCUGAGAGUUCGAGGGUCCCCAUGAGCCAAGUGGUCCAGUUUUGGUCAGAAGUGUUGAGCGGUCCGCUGAACGGAGCGCUGCAGAAUGAACAACAUCCCAUGCUGCAGACGAGCGCCUGCGACACGCUCUCCUCCAUCCUGCCGCAGGCCUUCGCACAGCUGCCUGAAAAGACCCAGCUGAUGUGCAUCACCGUGCUGCUGGGGCUGACCUACAGUGAAAACUAUUUGGUGAAGACUGCGGCUGUCAGGGCUCUGGGAGUCUACAUCCUGUUCCCCUGUCUGAGAGAGGAUGUGAUGUUCGUGGCAGAUACAGCAAACACGAUCCUCGCCGCCCUUGAUGAUCGAUCUCCAAACGUCCGUGCCAAGGCUGCCUGGUCGCUAGGGAAUCUCACAGACACACUUAUUGUCAAUAUGGAGAGUGUAGGUGUGGACUUCCAAGAAGAGCUGUCAGACAUGUUGCUGCUCAAGAUGUUGCAGGCAGCUACUCGAGCAUCAGCUGACAAAGACAGGGUGAAGUGCAACGCAGUGCGAGCACUCGGGAAUCUGCUUCAUUUCCUUCGUCAGAGUCAACUAACCAGGUCUGCUUUCCAACGGCCGCUGGAGGAAGCGGUCCGUGCGCUCGUAAAAACUGUCCAAUCAGAGGCCACGAUGAAGGUCAGAUGGAACGCCUGUUACGCCUUGGGAAACGCUUUCAGAAACCCCGCCCUGCCACUCGACUCAGCUCUGUGGUCUUGCGACGCAUUCUCCUCCCUCUGCCACGUUGUUACUUCCUGUAAGAAUUUCAAGGUGAGGAUCAAAUCGGCCGCUGCCCUGGCAGUUCCUGCCCGCCGCGGCUGCUACGGGGACACAAAGCGGUUCAGCUGCGUGUGGCAUUCACUGGCCACGGCGCUCGAGAACAGCGAAGACACAAACGACUUCUUGGAGUACCGCUACAGUGCCAGCCUGCGACACACACUCUCACAAGCUCUCCUGCACCUGCUCAGCGUCAGCCAGCCUCACGACAUGCCUGCCCUCGGGGCAUCGCUGGCUGGCGAGGAGGGUAGGGGCAUCAAAGGGCAUUUGAUCAGAUAUCUCAGAGCCGAGGAAGGAGGAGGAGAGGGGGCAGAGGGAGAGAAGGACACAGGAGGGGAUGGUUUCAACCCGCAGCAGAGAAUCGGGCGUCUGCAGCAGACGCUGAUCAGACUGAAAGAGUUGAAGGCUGAAGGGGAAGGACGCGGAGAGGAGGAGAGAGGUAAGGAGGUAGUGGUCAGUUUUCUGGAGGAUUUGCUGAAGACGUGUGAAGAGCUGUAAAGAGUCUCCAGCUGCAGCGCUGGGUCUGGUUCUCACGUCGGGACAGAGCAAAGCAGGCUGACCUGUAGGCGGAAAAAUGUCCAACCACAAACUCACUCAAGUGCUGACUGAAAGCAAAGAUUAUGUAACCAGCUUUGUCAUAAGGUGAUCAUCACAUUCACAUGCACACUACAUUAUGUAGUUUUUUUUUUUUUUUUUCUUUCUUGAAGUCGGCAGUGGCUUUUUAUAUCCUUUUAUUUACCCAAUUGCACUUGCACUCUUUUAUGGAUUAACAUCUGAUAUAUGUAGUAGUGAAAUUACAUUUCAAGAUCAAAUGAAUAGACAAAGAUUGAGAUUAAAGAUGGGUGAUAAUUUAUUGUUUUGACUUUCAGUGGAAACAUUGCAGUAAUAUGAACAUAUUGUGCUGUUGUUUAACACAAUUUAGUUUUCCAGGUUAAUUAAUGUGAGCAAAAUGAUGAAUUCAAGUUGUUUUACAUGUGAGUUUUGUCUGAUGUGUAAUGUAUGACGGUGGAACAUGGUUGGUUGCACUGACCAUCAGUUUGUUUUAUUUGUGAUUUUACAUUAAUUUGCCAUAUUAAUAUUGGAUAAAUAUUCUUAAUGCCAUGAUAUUGAUUUAAUAUUGCCCAGCCAUACUUCAGGUUAUGAAGUAUACUACACUGUCUACAGUAUUUGAACACAGUAACAAUGACACUGACCUGACAGACGGACUGGACAUCUGUGCAGCAAAUCUGAUGUUCAAAACAAUAAAUGCAAUGAUUUCCCACA